CUGGCUUUCCUUCCUGUCUUAGAAACCUUUUACUGCUCUCACAACCAGCUGGGCAGCCUCAGUGGUGUACUGGAGUCAACAAGUGUGCCUUACAUGGACCUUGGCCACAAUGAAAUCAGUAGUAUAUCUGCCAAUUACUUUUCUGGUGCCCAAAAUCUGAGUCAGCUGCUGAUGCCGUUCAACAAGCUGACAACAGAAUCACUUGGGCCAGAGAGUUUAACAUUCUCUGGUAACGAAGAAGACAUGUAUCUGGACCUGGCUUGGAACCAACUAUCUGAGGGCGUGCAUCCUUCUGCUUUUGGAGGAAGAAUGGCCAAGGAGCUGAUCUUAAGCCACAAUAACAUUACAACCCUCAACCAAGACACAUUUGCGGCCAUCCUUGAUCAGAUGUUUUUAGAGUAUGGCUCAGAUGCUUACAUACUUUUAGAUAGUAAUGAGUUGGGAUGUGACUGUGACAUGUCGUGGGUUGUGUCACACACAGCUCGUGGUUUACUUCAACAGGCAGAGUGUACUGAUGGUCGCCUUGUGUCUGGCCUUACUGUGCAAGACUUUCAAAACUGUUAGUGAAAAAAAGUUUUUUUUUGCACUUCAGCCAUUUCCAAUUAAGGUAGAGUGACCCAAAGAAGGAAACUCUAUUCACCAAAAUUAAUUUCCUGGAUAUUCUCAAAGUGCGUGGACAUUAUAACUUGAAUCAUAGUUUCAUUAAUUCAUAUACUGUACCACUUAUACCAUUUUUAUAAAUAGAAAAAUAAACAGUAAACUGUUGGUAGAAGGCUCAAGUGAAGUAUAAAGUGAUCCUUUUCUUGAUAUUUUGGCUAUGCAGUGGCUUUACUGUGUUAGAAACAGAGUCCGUAACUUGAUAAAAGUUCAAUGCAUGGGCUUUAUCAAGUUAAUGAAUAUCAUUAAUUAUGCUGCAUUUUUCUUUAAUCAUCAUGUUGGUAUUUUAUACCCUUUGCUCUCCACAAUAUGUUGUUAUAUGCACCAACUGUACUGCUACUGCUAUAAAAUCAAAUAGGAAAUGAACGAAGCUCAAUUGAAUUCAUACAACAGUCAGCUACAAAUCCGGCUUUACUUGCACCAUAAGCUAGCAUAUGUUGAAUUCAUUUCGACUUUAUAAUUUAGAUUACACUCACCGAAUAAAUUAUAAGAAACAUAGUGUCGCUGGCAAAGCAUUAAUUCAUUAAACUAUGUAAUAAACAA